AUGUUAAUUACACAAACGAGACAUGAUGUAGAUUUUUAUAAACAUGUUGAAAUUCAAAGAGAUAGAAAAAUAAACCAUAUACGUUCGAAAAUACCCAUAAUUAAUUAUGAAUCCGCUAUAGUCGAACUCGUUCGUGAGAACUUGUUUUCGUUAGUUUCAGGAGGCACUGGGUGUGGCAAAUCAACGCAAAUCCCCCAAUUUCUUAUAGAAUGCGGGUUCAACUUUUCAGUUAGCGAUGAAAAAAAUAAAACAAAAAUAUUGAAGAUUUGCAUGACUCAACCACGAAGAGCGGCUGUUGAAUCUAUUACAAAUAGGCUGAAGUUUGAACUAGGUAGUUUUUCAGAGAACGUUAGUUCGCAUAUACGUAGCAAAUAUAACAAAUGUUCCUCAGACGAAUAUUUGGUAAUAAUGACUGAAGGAAUCUUGCUAAACAUGAUACAAUCCGAUAUACUUUUAUCCAAUUUCUCUGUUAUCAUUUUAGAUGAGUUUCACGAACGAUCGUUGAGCAGUGAUAUUUUGUUUGGCAUGCUAACAUAUAUAGUUAGAUUGCGAGCAUUUCUUUGGAACAAAAAUAAAAUAAACAUUCCGCCAUUGAGGGUGUUGCUUAUGUCUGCCACUUAUAAGUUGUUUGGGAAACCUAUAUUAGAUUUUGAUGCUUUGUUGAACGACUUUUCUUUUCAAAAAUUAGAAAUUGAAGACAAAAUUUUUCCAGUAGCAGUUCACUAUGCGAAAAAAACGGUAAAAAACAAUCUACCUGCAGUUGCCAGUAAAAUAAAGAAAAUUCAUAACGAGUUACCUGCAGGAUCAAUUUUAGCGUUUUUACCUGGAAAAAAAGAAAUUCAAUUUGUGCACAAACUUUUAUCAGGCGCUAACAGUAAAAAUAACGAAAUAUCAUUUGACGCUGAUAUCGACAAUAUCACAGCGGCAAAGCUGCAAGGGUUUGCCGAUUCAUCAAAUAACAUCUUGCCACAGUCUGAUGACGAAUUUACUGACUCAAUUGGUUUCGAUUUUGAUGAAGAUAAAAAUAACAAGGAACUAUCUGUUGAUUCUGAUAUUGGUUCGAUUCGCAAAAAAAUAAAAACGUGUGAAGCUGCAAGUAAUGAAACACUGCUUGAAACAGAUCCAGACUCUAAUGUUGAACAGGCAUCUUUAGAUGAACACAUCAAAAAAAAAGAAUAUACAGAAUGGAAGGGGGCUGAUGGAAAUGGCACUUUGACAGUAAUUGUCAUACUAGCAACAAACGUUGCAGAAACUUCUCUGACGCUGCCUAACGUACGCUAUGUUGUUGAUUCCGGAUACAUGAAGUAUAAAAAGUACAACCAACUGACUUCUGUAGGUAGCAUUAAAACUGUUAAUAUUUCUAAGUCAAACGCUGUUCAAAGAACGGGAAGAGCUGGAAGAGUUGGAAGAGGACAUUGCUAUAGAAUGUAUUCUGCAGAGACAUUUUCGGAGACAAUGAAAAACUUCAUGACCCCGUUGCUUCUGAGCACACCGUUAGAAUCUAUUUUCCUAAAAAGUAUUCGUAUUAUAUCAAAAACUCAGGCACAAAUGAAAACAUCGAAAUAA